GUAUAAGCCUGGAGCAGUCUAAGGGUUAAGGCUGUAGGAGAGUGGGUUAGAAGAGAGAGGGAAGGUGCUGGGUGCAACAUUGUUGCAAUUUAGGGUAGGCCCCUCCUUACCAGUAGAUAAGCCAAGUUCUCCCUUGCAACUUCCUCUUCUUCUCCGGAUCCUGGCUGAAGCAGUUUUUUCUUAGCAGUUCUGUCAUCACCAGUGCAGCUAUGCAUCGUUCCAGGCGUUCCACUCUGCCUCCCAGACGUUACCAGUCGGAACAGGAACCUCCUGCACCUGCAAAAGAAAAAAUAAAGAUAAGUGUUCAAUCUAUUUCUGAGGAGGAUUUAGAUAUCAUUCCCCCAACUCAAUAUACUACUGUUGUGUCAGCCCAGGUUCAUAAUGUGGAAGAGCAGGGACCUAUUGAUAUUGAGUUAGCUCAGGAAUCCCCCAGACCUCAAGCAUUGCAGACCCAGCAGGCUAAUUUACCCCUUGAUAGUGUACAGGCCUCAUUUUUAAGUGCUGUACCCCCUGCUGCUAUGUCAGCAGUUUCUGACCUAUUGAAAAACAUAAUAUCCGCUAUGGCUGCAGCCUCCCCAGGGCCCAGUGUGACACCAGCUGUUUUCCCUCCUGAUCCUUCUAGUCAGGAUCCGGAUCCUGCUUUAACUACCCCCAGCAGGCAUCGCCCUUUCACACCUCUCAUUGAGGCACCACACGUGGCAACACGCGGUCCCCAGCCCGGCCGGAACAUGGCCCCUGUAACGGCCCCUCAGCCCUCAACACCCGGACUUGCCCCUGGUCGCACCAUACCCGAGGCCCAUGCCAUCCCAGGGCCUAUGCUGCUCCCCCCGGGGCCUAGCGAUCUCCUUCGCCAGCCGCGUGGUCCGGGUCCGACUUCCGGUGUCAACGCCAUGUUAGUGACGUCACCGGAAGCGGACAUCGGCACUUCCGGCUUGGCAGAUUCCCGCGCGGUCACAAGGACAUCGGCUCCCGGGGCAACGCCACUCGCAGGUGAGCACCGAGAGCCGUCCUUGGCCGUUGGCGGGUUAUCAGUGGGGGGUCAGAGGGGCAUUAACAGCGCAAGCAAACUGCGCAAGCGAACGGCAAAUUUGAACGUUAAUCCUCAGGGGCAUCAAAGGGGUCGCUCCAUCAUAAGAGGUAGUACCAGGCAGAUAGCCAGUGAUAGGGGUAGGGGGACACGCAGAGUUAACCCUUCCAGGGCAAUGAGGCCAUUACAGUUUAUACAAAUGGGACAUAACGCAAAUGCCGUUCAGCAGGCCGCUCCCGAUGUUAUUAACCCACACAGGGCUGAUAGUGGUUUAGUGCAAGCGGCCGCUCAGCCGCAUGAUAUUGUGUCUAAUAAUAGCCUGCAUGUGAAUCAAGGCAAUGUGCAAAGUAUGCAUGUUAAUCAAAACAUUGAGCAUCAUUUACCGUCUCAUCAUUUACCAUCCCCCAUUGGUGUGAAUGCGGCUUUGAAUGGUGUGAACGUACAAGCAGCUCCUCAGGGAUAUAAUACACCCCUGGUUGGCAUACAUAAUGCGAAUGGGCAAUCUUUAAGCCAGCUACAACAUCCCAUUAUGUUAGGCAUACAAGGAGUACAACCCCUUGAUCAGGGUAUCCACUCCCCCAUUGCAGCCACGCAGGGCGCUCAUGCACACUCAUUAAACCAUGCACAAUCAAUAAGCCAGGCAUGCCAUAACCCUAUUGUAGACCAGCAGGGUGUGAAUGCUCAGACAUCUGCGAAUGGACAGUCAGUGAGUCAGGGAUUUCAUACACCACUUCAUAUAGCUCAUCCACCCCUUGCUACUGAUAAUCCAGACACAUCCAUUGGGCAAAGUGCUCGCCAAAUUCUUUCUCUUUUGCAGGGGGCAAUUGGAUCACAAAGUGCAGCAAAAACACGGACCAACACUGCCACAGUCAUGAGUGGGGCGGAUGCAGAAGUUCCAAGCAGCAUUACAGCAGGAGCAGCAGCCACCACUUCCACUGCACAGCAAGGGUCUUCAGGACUCGCCCUCCAAAACCAGCCAGCAGGCCAGCCCGUUUCCAGCAUGGGUCAGGGACCUCCUGCCAUUAGUCACGGCACUACCCCCGGGGUGAAGCGAAUCUGGAUUGUGGGCCACUCCUUUGUCCACUGGGCCUCCCUACGCUGUGCGUCCCUCCCAUUUGGCCAAUCCCUAGGUCUCCCUACCAACAAGGCAUCCGUUAGGUGGUUGGGUGAUAGGGGGAUGUGCUGGCCCCAAUUAGCAGGAACCAUAUCCGAGGCCCUGGUACGCUGGGGGAAGCCUCACAUUAUUAUUCUUCACCUAGGGGGUAACGAUGUGGGGGCCAUACCAGUUUUACAGUUGAUUAAGGUUAUGCAGGCAGACAUUGGGUGGCUAAGAGUACGCAUCCCGGGGGUCAUGAUAGGGUGGUCCCAUAUAAUACCCCGUCUCCACUGGAGGCAUAUGUCGGCCCAUACGGCGGCAUACCGGGUUAGGAAGAAGAUCAAUGCGUCUGUAGCGAAAACCGUCACUGGGUCAGGUGGCUUCGUGGUACGGCACGAAGCCAUUUCGGCUGAUAGAACCGAGCUAUAUAGAAGGGAUAAAGUUCACCUUUCUGAUGUGGGGCUGGAUUUAUUCAUAGGGGACAUUCAGAGAGCUCUGUUACCCCUCCUGUAAAUCGGGUUGUGGGUUGGCGGCAAGGGUACCAUUAAAAUGCUUCCUUGUGGCGGGAGAUCCUCGGUCCGGUUGCGCAGGAGAAGGUCGCUAGGGGUGAGUGAUGGCCAGACUUCCGGGGAGGAGGGUAGGCCCUCACGUGCACGUGACGGUAACCCUCCUUCCUCCCUUUUGAGGGAUGGUCACGUGAUCUCUGCAACCCCUCAGCGUCAUCUCCUUUGGGCAGAGAACCCUCUGCUGCUGUUCCCGUUGGGCCGGUGAUCUCCUGCUGUUCUGGGUAUCUGAUCUCUAUGCCGCCAUAUAUAUUUUCAGUUCUAUCAGUUCUAUCUAGUUUGUUAGGUUAAUAAAAUUUUAUGGCCUGUGACGGUCACAAAAUUUUUCCCAUAAAAGUUUGUCUGUGGUUAUUUCGCACUACAUUCUCAUGUACAUAGUUAUUUAAUUAAGUUAUGUUAAAUCCUCUCCUCUGUGAAGAAGGAUCCGGUAAGCAUUUAAUCCCUUAAUGCAGUGUAGGGCUUAGUAUAAGCCUGGAGCAGUCUAAGGGUUAAGGCUGUAGGAGAGUGGGUUAGAAGAGAGAGGGAAGGUGCUGGGUGCAACAUUGUUGCAAUUUAGGGUAGGCCCCUCCUUACCAGUAGAUAAGCCAAGUUCUCCCUUGCAACUUCCUCUUCUUCUCCGGAUCCUGGCUGAAGCAGUUUUUUCCCUCCCUCCCUUCCCCUUUUGUAAUGUUUUAAUGAUGUGUAUUUUCGACGGCACCUUAAUGGCAGGGCUAUGGCUACUCACCCUAGGCCCAAUAAGCCAUUACUGUAGGAUAUGGAUCUCCUCUCCCUGUUAUGCGGUUUACACGGCUUGGUAACAGGGAAUCCUUAUCUAGGUGGAAGAUCUUCUUUCACCCUGGCGGCGGGAGAUCCUCGGUCCGGUUGCGCAGGAGAAGGUCGCUAGGGGUGAGUGAUGGCCAGACUUCCGGGGAGGAGGGUAGGCCCUCACGUGCACGUGACGGUAACCCUCCUUCCUCCCUUUUGAGGGAUGGUCACGUGAUCUCUGCAACCCCUCAGCGUCAUCUCCUUUGGGCAGAGAACCCUCUGCUGCUGUUCCCGUUGGGCCGGUGAUCUCCUGCUGUUCUGGGUAUCUGAUCUCUAUGCCGCCAUAUAUAUUUUCAGUUCUAUCAGUUCUAUCUAGUUUGUUAGGUUAAUAAAAUUUUAUGGCCUGUGACGGUCACAAAAUUUUUCCCAUAAAA